AUGUCUCAGAUUCAAGAGAAUCCAAAGUGCAGAGCUGACCAAGGCGAGACCUGCAAGGAGACCCAGGGCCUUGAAGUUGCACAGAUCUCCAAGGAAGUGGAAGAGUCACGGUCCAUCCCUCCUCCUCUGGUACUUACCACCCCAAAAGGCGAGACCUGCAAGAAGACUGGGGGCCUUGAGGUUACAUGGGUCUCUGAGGAUGUGGAAGAGCCAUGUUUUUCCCCUCAUCCUCUUAUGUCUAGCAGCCCAAAAGGCGAGACCUGCAAGGAGACCCAGGGCCUAGAGGUUGCACAAGUUUCUGGGAAUGUAAAGGAGCCAUCUUCCUCCUCUCAUCCUUUGUUGCCUAGCAACCAGAAGGAAGAUCCUAUGGAUGAGACACUCAGUACUUCUUGGGGUCCUGAGAGUUCUGUCUUUGCCAUUGCUGCUGCAGCCUCAUCUUUAAACCAAUCUGGUGAGGGUCCCAAUAGGCAACAAGUGCAAGGUAUCCCACUUAACCUAGUGCAGGGUAGCCCAUCUAACCUAGCAGAGGGUAUUCCAUUUAACCUAUCACUUCUGCCAGUUAUGCAGCAUGCACCUGAUGAUCGUGUAGGUAAGAAAGUAGAUUUCAUGGUGAAUUACAUGCUCUGCAAGUAUCAGAUGAGAGAGUUAAUGAGCAGGGAAGAUAUGAUAAGAACUGUCAUCAGAGAAGACAAGAGUCACUUCCACGAGAUCCUCAUGCGAGCAAAUGACCGCAUGGAGAUGGUCUUUGGCCUAGAGGUGAGGGAAGUAGAUCCUGUCAAUCAUUUCUAUGGCCUCUUUAUUAAAUUAGGCCUCACCUAUGAUGGCAUGCAUAAUCAUGGAUAUUCCUUUCCCAAGACUGGUCUCCUAAUACUUAUCCUAGGUGUGGUCUUCAUAAAGGGCAAUCGUGCUACCGAAGAGGAGAUAUGGGGAGUGCUGAAUCCAAUGGGAAUCACUGCUGGGGUACCGCAUUUCCUCUUUGGGGAUCCCAGACAGCUUGUAACUGAAGAGUUUGUGAGGGAGCACUACCUUGAAUACCAGCCAGUGCCUGAUAGCUUUCCUGUGAGGUAUGAAUAUAUGUGGGGCCCAAGAGCUCAUGCUGAAACUAGCAAAAUCAAAGUUUUAGAGUAUUUGACCAAGGUUCAUGGGGGACACCCCAGUGAUUUCCAGUCUCAAUAUGAAGAGGCUCUGUUAGAAGAAGAGAGAGUACUUACUAUGCUUUCAGAAAGAGCUACCUCCAGUUCAAUGGCCUCCGAAAGCUCCUGUGACAUGGCCAAUAGGUUCCCCUCACCCUAG